GGGUGGGGAAGGGUAAGACAAGAUGCUCCUGGUUCCGGAACCAGAAAGGUGAGUAAAUUAAACUCACGCAACCGAAAUGCUCCGGCUCCGAUUACUGGGAAGCAGGACGUCGUCGCUUGCUUCCAAUUUCCAUUUAAAUGAAUUGUUCAAUAUAAAUUACAGGGGAAGACGUAUGAGUUGUAGCAGUAUCGAUAGCAAUGAGAGUAACAGAGCGGUAAUGAGCUUCGGGGAUGGCAGCCAGGGGGCUCUGGGCCUGCCCGCAUCUUUAACAGGCCUCGCCGCCGAUGCCUAUGAGCCCAGUCGCGUCCCGAACCUACCCAGCGAUAUCUCCGCUGUAGCUGCUGGCCAUUACCACUCCCUCGCCGUCACUUGCGGUGGCGAUCUCUGGGCUUGGGGCCGCAACGAUGAAUUCCAGCUCGGCCGAGGCCCACUUAACCCCAGAGAUACAUGGAAUGAACCAAAAAAGGUAGAAGGGCUAGAUCAGGUAAAAGUGCGUGCUGCAUUUGCAUCUGGUGUUAUCUCUGCAGCCAUUGGAGAUGAUGGCUCUUUGUGGGUUUGGGGGAAAUCCAAGAGGGGACAGCUCGGUCUUGGGAAGGGUGUAACAGAGGCGUUGGUUCCAUCCAAAGUUGAAGCAUUAGCAGGAGAAAAUGUAGUUAAGGUAUCUUUUGGUUGGGGGCAUGCAUUAGCCCAGACUGAGAAUGGUAAAUUGUUUGGCUGGGGUUAUUCUGCUGAUGGUAGGAUAGGGAAGAUUGGAAUUGGUCUGGAAGCAUCUCCAUUGGAUUCAACCAUUGACGUACCUACAAAUGCACACGAACUCGCGGCUUCAAAGCUGGAAAUUGCUGAGAAGCUGGUCUUACAAGGGAUGGAAAAAGAGAAAAGCAUGCCAAUAAUUUGGGAACCUUGUUUAGUGGAAGAACUGCAUAAUAUCAAAGUAGUAGAUAUUGCAUGCGGGCUUGAUCAUUCCUUGGUUCUUUGCAGCAAUGGCACACUAUUGAGCUGUGGGAGCAAUGUAUAUGGUCAGCUGGGUAGAGUGAAGCAAGACAUGGGCAUGUUUCCAGUGGACAUAAACUUUUGCCCUAUUUCUAUAGCAUCAGGUCUUGGCCAUUCUCUAGCUAUUUUCCGUGCAAAAUCCUCUGACGUCGAGGGUGGUGAAACGAGUGUUUUUUCAUGGGGAUGGAACCUAAGUUAUCAGCUUGGUAGGACAGGGCUGGAGAAUUUGCCACAGGUUGUCGGUGGAGGACUGGCUGGGGAAACUCCUGCUUCUGUAUCUGGAGGCCGGGUACAUUCCCUUGCUCUUACAUCUAAGGGAAGGGUAUUUGUCUGGGGCUGCGGUAAAAAUGGCAGGCUUGGAUUAGGAAGCUCAAGCGACGAAGUUGAGCCAGCACUGCUUGAUACUGUAGAAGGUUGUGAAGUCUUACAAGCGGUGGCAGGGUUUGAUCACGACCUAAUCUUAAUAGCUGAAAGACUAUAAUUAAUGAGAAAACACCAAGGAACAUACAGAAAAUCGAUUCACACUCUCUUGGUGCUUUCAUUAGAGAAAACUUCAGUAGAAAAAGGCUUCUGUGAAAGUUUUGCGUGGUGGGAAAAUGCCAGAAAGAGAGAGAGGAGAGGGAUAGAGGAAGCUACAAACUUUGGCAUCAAUUCAAUUAUCAGCUUCCCAACAACAACAACAACACGAAUAAAAAUCUUUUGAGUAAAAACAACAAUUGAAAAUUCUAUGAAAACUGAAGUUGAUA